GGCUAAUAGAAAAUGAAAUCUGUCAAUCGAAAAAUGGUCUCGAAGAUUAUAAAUUUUGAAAAUAUGAAGUGAUUUAUAAUGAUUUUACAAGCUGAUUGUGUAAUAUUUACUCAAUAUCGUUAAUUUAUAUACCAAUCUAUUGGUUUACGUGAUUGUUUUUUGUUUUAUCUACCGGUAGAGGUUAUGAAAUAAGUUUUUUUUCUUUACUCACAUCUUUAUUGGUUAUGUAUAUGAAGAGCUCUUUACGCGAAAACUGAAGAAAUUACGUAAACAAUGUCGAGGAUACUGCACAAUCGUAUGAGAUCAACCUUAACUAAACCAGCAUGGACAGUGGUAGACAAACGGGCGGUGGCCUUCUCUGUCUGGUCAGGCCGCAGUCUUUUGCUCCGCAAGCCCAUAGACACAAGUCUUGUGCAAAAACGUCGGUACGGGAUGUUAGUGGUCCGUGCUGUGCGCGGGAUGCUCAAGAUCCGAUACCUCCUGCUCGGUGGAGCUGUUGGUGGAGGCAUGACUUUAAAUAAGAAAUACUCAGAAUGGAAGGACGGACUCCCGGACAUGGGUUGGCUGAAUGAUAUGUUGCCGGACAACGAACAGUGGGACCGUUUCACUACCACACUUAUCUCAGCCAAAGACAAGAUUGGGGACAACCUGCAGAUAGGUAUCCCACUGACGCUGUCGGUGACCUCAGAUCCGCGGCUGCGCGAGGCGGGCCGCGCGCGGGCGCUGGAGCUGCGCGAGUGGCUGGCGCAGCGCUACGAGGACGCCGUGGCCGCCGCCGCCGCCAACAACGCGGCCAAUGCCGCGCUCGCGGAACCGGCGCCGAAGCUAGUCAAUAACCUGCAGAGUCGACCGCCGCCGCAGGCUGCGCGCGGCUCGGGGGACGAUGCCGGUACUUAUGAGAAGCGUGUGCACGCGCUCCAAGAGGAGGUCCUAGCGCUGCAAGCCCGCUACCAGCGCGAGUUGCAGCGGCUGGAGCAAGAGAACCGCGAGCUGAGGCAACAGAACAUGUUGCUGCGCCAGGGACGGCAGCCGCAGCAGAGGAAGAUGAAGCGUUCCCUGAUAGACAUGUACAGCGCGGUGCUGGACGAGCUGUCGGGCUGGGACGCGGGCGAGACAGACCGGCUGCCGCGGGUGGUGGUGGUGGGGGACCAGUCCGCGGGCAAGACCUCCGUGCUCGAGAUGAUCGCGCAGGCAAGGAUCUUCCCGCGCGGCGCCGGCGAAAUGUGCACCAGAGCUCCAGUAAAAGUUACGCUGUCAGAGGGACCGUACCACGUCGCGCAGUUCCGUGACUCGGCGCGGGAGUUUGACCUGAACAAGGAGUCAGACCUCGCGGAUUUGAGGAAAGAGGUAGAGCUCAGGAUGCGCAACAGCGUUCGCGGCGGACGCACCGUAUCCACUGAAGUGAUAUCCAUGUCCGUGAAGGGCCCCGGCAUACACCGCAUGGUGCUGGUGGACCUCCCUGGAGUUAUAUCGACCCAAACAGUGGACAUGGCAUCGGACACCAGGGACGCCAUCAAACAGAUGUCCAAACAGUACAUGGAGAAUCCCAACGCCAUCAUAUUAUGUAUACAGGACGGAUCGGUAGACGCGGAACGCAGCAACGUAACAGAUCUGGUAUCGUCGUGCGACCCGAGCGGCAAGCGGACCAUCUUCGUGCUCACCAAGGUGGACCUCGCUGAGGAGAAUCUCGCCAACCCCAACAGGAUCCGUCGCAUCCUAGAAGGAAAGUUGUUUCCAAUGAAGGCUCUGGGCUACUACGCGGUGGUCACCGGCCGCAGUCGCAAGGACGACUCCAUACAAAGCAUCAGAGAAUACGAGGAGAGGUUCUUCCGAUCAUCUAAGUUGUUCAAGGACGGACUAGUGACUCCAUCACAAGUGACAACCCGCAACCUGUCUCUAGCAGUGGCUGACUGCUUCUGGCGCAUGGUGCGAGCUUCGGUGGAGCAGCAGGCGGACGCCUUCAAGGCCAUGAGGUUCAACCUCGAGACCGAGUGGAAGAACACCUUUCCCAGACAGCGUGAGCUGGACCGCGACGAACUGUUCGAGCGCGCGCGAGCCGAGCUGCUGGACCAGUCGGCCGAGCUGUCGGCCGUGGCGGCGCCGCAGUGGGAGCAGCGCCUGCAGCGGGCGCUGUGGGGCAACGCGCACGACAAGGUGCUGGCCGGCAUCUACCUGCCCGCCGCCGCCAGCGCCGGGGACGACGUCGACAAAUUCAACACAUCAGUAGACAUCAAACUCCGCGAAUGGGCCGAGUCGGAGCUCCCGACGCAGUCCAUCCGGGCCGGCAGGGAAGCCCUGCGCGAGGAGUUCACGGAGCUCAUGUCUCGCGGGGCGGAGGCCGACCCCGUGUACGAGCCUGUGAAAAAAGAGGCCGUGGAGGAGGCGCUGAGGCGACACCAGUGGGAAGAUCGGGCACAAGAUGUGCUGCGCGUGCUGCAGCUGAACGCGCUGCAGGACCGCUGCGUGGGGUCGCGGGCCGACUGGGACGCCGCCGUGGCGCUCAUGGACUCCGCGCUCAAGCAGAAGCUCAACGCCGUCGACGCAGAGCUCAAGGAACUCACUGGUCCCGGGCUAAAGGAACGCUGGCUAUACUGGCAGUAUACGACAGAGGAACAGACCAGGCGCGGCGAGGUGCGCUCCGAGCUGGACAAACUGGGCUCUGCCCGCCCUUCAUUGACUUACGACGAGGUGGUGGCCGUGCGGGACAACCUGCGGCGCCGCGGCAUCGAGGUCGACAACGACUACAUACGGGAGACCUGGCGGCCCGUCUACUUGAAGAAUUUCCUACAGAGAGCACAGACAAGAGCGCGAGAUUGCAAAAAGAGCUUUUAUUUGUACAGCCAACAGAAUGGAAAUGGAAAGGAGUGCUGCGAGGUGGUGAUGUUCUGGCGCGUGCAGCAGACGCUGCGCACCACGGCCAACGCGCUGCGGCAGCAGAUCGGCAACCGCGAGGCCGCGCGCCUCGACCGCGAGCUGCGGGAGGUGCUGGACGAGAUGGCGGCUGAUCCGGAAUUAAAGAAGAAACUAUUAUCAGGCAGACGAGUAGAACUUGCAGAAGAACUCAAACGCGUUAGACAAGUCCAAGAGCGGCUAGAGGAAUUCAUCGAAGCGCUAAACAAAGAGAAAUAAAUAGUUGUACAUUGUAGCUUAUACUUAACUAAUUAUAUUUAUGUAUAGAUGCACUGGCGCGAUGUAUCAUUUUGUUAUUUAACUGCUUGAUCUAAGUUAUCUUUUAAUAAAACGUUACCCUACA